AUGCAGGGUGUUGCGGAUGGUCCCGUCAAGACUCACCUGUUCCGACUUGAACUAGAUUCACUAGAACAAGCCAUUUCUAUUGUGGAACAGGAACACUUCAUUCUGAGACAGGCUCGCGCCAGCUCGACAUCGUAUCGUCCACCGAGACGAUACGACAGCGAAAGUCCAGAGCCGAUGGAGCUCUGUUACGAAGAGAGCGAGAAGGCUCGCUCUACAGACUACAAGAAGUUGCAGAAAUGCAACAGAUGUCAGAAGACAGGACACUACGCUUACGAGUGUAGUGCCCAUCGUCCAGUGUCUCGCAACGCUGGGCGUAAUGACCGUCCACCCAUGAGAAGGGGGCAGGGACGCGGGGUCGCUGUUGGUGCAAAGACGCAACAACGGGGUGGACCGUCAAAAAACGGACAGGAUCUGUAG